CAAACACUAAAUAUGAGGGAUCAUAAACCCUAAUCCUUGGUGAAAAAUAUUUAAUCAAUUUAAUGCCAUAUUAAAUUGCGGUUCAUCCGAGGUCAGCAUUGUAGUUUCUCAUUGUCCUCCAUGCCGGACGCGAAAUUUUGUACAAGACGGUUAAUUUUUUUGUGCGGUAUAUUUACAUAAAGGAAGGGUAAAGCUUGGUAGUCUUGAGUAGAGUGGCUGACAAUGGCGAGCGGACGGGGAAGUUUGCUUCUCUUCUGCACUGUUGGGUUGGUGUUGGCUUCGAUCGUCUCCGCCGAUGUGAUAUUUGAGGAGCGAUUCGAUGAUGGCUGGGAGAACCGUUGGGUGCACUCUGAUUGGAAAAAGGAUGAAGGCACAGCUGGAGAAUGGGUUCACACGGCAGGAAAAUGGCAUGGGGACCCAGAGGACAAGGGCAUCCAGACCAGUCCAGACUACAGGUUUUUUGCUAUCUCAGCCAAAUUCCACGAGUUCAGCAACAAGGAUAAGACACUUGUUCUUCAGUUUUCUGUCAAACAUGAACAGAAACUUGAUUGUGGUGGUGGCUAUGUAAAGUUGCUAAGUGAUGACUUUGACCAGAAGACAUUCAGUGGAGAGACACCUUAUAGCAUCAUGUUUGGACCUGACAUUUGCGGUUACAGUACUAAGAAAGUUCAUGCUAUACUGAACUAUAAAGGGAAGAACCAAAAUAUUAAAAAGGAUGUCCAAUGUGAAACUGAUCAACUUUCACAUGUAUAUACUUUUAUUCUUAAGCCUGAUGCAACAUAUAGCAUUCUUAUUGACAACACUGAAAAAGAAUCUGGCAGUCUGUAUAAGGAUUGGGAGUUAUUACCAGCAAAGAAGAUCAAGGAUCCAGAUGCGACAAAGCCUGAGGAUUGGGAUGAUAAGGAAUUCAUUCCUGAUCCAGAAGACAAGAAACCUGAGGGAUAUGAUGACAUACCACAGGAAAUAACUGACCCUGAUGCCACUAAGCCAGAGGAUUGGGAUGAUGAGGAAGAUGGUGAAUGGAAAGCUCCCACUAUUCCAAACCCAGAAUACAAUGGUCCCUGGAAGCCCAAGAAAAUCAAGAAUCCAAACUUCAAGGGCAAAUGGAAGGCUCCAAUGAUUGACAAUCCUGAAUUCAAGGAUGAUCCUGAGCUCUACGUAUUCCCUAAUUUGAAAUAUAUUGGAAUUGAGUUAUGGCAGGUCAAAUCGGGAACUUUAUUUGAUAAUAUUUUAGUGUCUGAUGACCCUGAAUAUGCAAAGAAGUUAGCAGAAGAGACAUGGGGCAAAAACAAAGAUGCUGAAAAGGCAGCAUUUGAAGAGGCUGAGAAAAAGAAAGAGGAAGAGGAGAAAGAUAAGUCUACUGAUGCUGAUGAGGAUACAGAUGAGGAUGAUGAAGAACACGAAGAUGAAGAUGUAGAAGAGGAUAAGGAUGAUCAUGACGAGCUAUAGUUGCUUGCAAUUUGUAGUCUUCCUUGUUGAGUACCCUGAAGCUGAGGGCACAAACUCACUUGUUUGCAUUUCAUCCUUCAUAAUUUUGCAAGGUUUUACGGUUGGCUCUCAUCUGUAUUGAGGCUAGAUUUCACAGAACUGAAUAAUAAUAUUUCAGCGUCUCCUUUCAAAGGUUGACAUCAUUUUUCAAGUAAAUGAUGUUGGUUCAACUACAUCAUGUUAACAAAUUUCUUGCAGAGAUUAGGAAAAAUUAUGCUAUAUGGUCACUGAAUGCAAUUGAAAUGUUUUCUUUGAAAUGUU